CUCUCUCUGUCUCAUGGGUUAGAUGAGUCUGAAUCGAUCUUGAAGAAGGUUUUUGUUUCUCUUUCUUGAGUCUUGAGGAAGGAACUUCAGUACUAAUGAAAGCAUCUUCAACCAUGUCUUGAAGUGCUUGAGCCCAGUCUUAUCGUUGAUCCGUCUCUCACUUGAGGAUUUAGUCUUGUUGCUUAGCUCAUCUGAAGAGAACAGCAGAACUCUUGAAGCUCAGCGCCAGAUAAAGCCUUAAAAGCUACAAAGCAAAGUAAGAAUCAUCGAGAAGAGCGAAUAGAUCAGAUUCAUGGAUCCAGAUUCAUUUCAAGACUUGGAUUCUAUGAGCAACGACACCGGAACCCUCAACGAUGCCGCCUCUGCCAGUGCCGCUGCAACGAAUUACAGCUCCACUGCUGCGGCCGCUAGCUCCUCCCCCUCCUCCUCCUCGCCCUCGCCCGCUGCUCUCAGCCGGUAUGAGAACCAGAAGCGGCGAGACUGGAACACCUUCGGGCAGUAUCUCCGCAACCACCGGCCGCCUCUCUCCCUCUCCCGGUGCAGCGGGGCACACGUGCUCGAGUUCCUGCGGUACCUCGACCAGUUUGGGAAGACCAAGGUUCACACCCAGGUCUGCCCCUUCUUCGGCUACCCGAACCCGCCCGCCCCUUGCCCGUGCCCUCUCCGGCAAGCCUGGGGCAGCCUCGACGCACUUGUCGGCCGCCUCCGCGCUGCCUUCGAAGAGAACGGCGGAAACCCCGAGGCCAACCCUUUCGCCGCUAGGGCCGUGAGGCUUUAUCUGCGUGAAGUUCGCGAUUUGCAAUCCAAAGCGAGAGGCGUGAGCUAUGAGAAGAAAAAGAGGAAGAGGCCGCCACCGCAGGCCCCCGCCUUGCCACCAUCGAGCGAAGAUCGGUGAGGUAUAUCACGGGUCGUGAAAUUCUUGCUUGAAACCGGUUCACAAGGAUUGAGACCGCCGAAGUAAUUAGGCAUGGUGAGUAACACCUUGAAGAUGAAAGAAGCCAAAACGAAUGCACACCUUCCAUAUGAGAAUGUGAAUAUUUUCUGCUAGAGAAGUUUCAUCGUGUGGUAGAAUUUCGUGGUUUUUUUUUUUUUUUUUGGUUAGCUGCACGGAAUUGUUUCAGAUUUGGUAAAAUCUCAUGCUUGGCUGGGAGGGAAUCAGUCGAUUAAGUAAAGUCAUGUGCUUGAUCGGAAAAAUCUGAAACUAGAACUCUAAUCUGUCAAUGCACUUGGCAUUUAAGCCAUUUAUAGCAAGAAAUAAAAUUCUCAGUUGAUGUUAUUCCA